AUGCUCAAAUCAACCAUUUCCACGUCAAUUAAACCAUCAAUUAGGUACUUUUCAUCAACUAGAGCUGUACUCGGUACAAAAGUGUUUUUUCAAACUUCAAUAAAUGGGGAAAAGCAACCACCAAUCAAAUUUGAAUUAUAUGAUGAUGUAGUUCCUAAAACUAGUGAGAACUUCAAGGCAUUAUGUACUGGUGAAAAGGGGUUUGGAUAUGCCGGAUCUAUUUUCCAUAGAGUUAUUCCAAACUUUAUGCUUCAAGGUGGUGAUUUCACCAACUUCAACGGAACCGUUAUUAGCUACGGUGCUAAAUUCAAUGAUGAAAACUUCAACAAAAAACAUGAUAGACCAGGUUUAUUAUCAAUGGCUAAUGCUGGUCCAAACACAAAUGGAUCACAAUUUUUCAUAACAACUGUACCAACCCCUUGGUUAGAUGGAGCUCAUGUUGUAUUUGGAGAAGUCAUUGAUGGAUACGAUACUGUUAAAAAAAUCGAGAGUUACGGAUCACAAUCUGGUAGAACUACUGCCAAAAUUAUCAUUGAUGAAUCUGGACUCGCCGAUGAAUAA